ACCCAAUGCAACCCAUUGACGCAACCACAGGAUGAUCUGCAGCUUACCUACUUGGUACAUUUUUACCUACCUUCUAAUAAUAGCGCCUGCAUAAAACUUCCAUCUCAACCUUCCAAGAUCCGUUGUCGACCUCGUGCUAAGUUCUCUACACUGAUGAUCUAGUCUGAAGAGGGAUUGUGUACCUAGAUAGCCACCCGCAUGAGAAUUUCUUUCACCACUUAUACUAAGGUACCUACCUAGGAAUUAUGACCACGUGACUACAUCGAUUUUUAGGUUAUUAUUCUAAUCCGGCAUCUGUGGCCUGGAAUUUGGGGUUCGUGCUCCAGAUUCCUGGUCACUGGGUGUCGCUCUCAUCCAGCCAAAACUGGGGAAUUUAUGACGCUGGUAGCCUAAAACAUUUCCUCUCUUUACUCAUUCAUUAAACCAAUGAUGGUAGACGCAGAAAUCCUCGGGGUCGUCUGGGUCCCAUUGAAUGCAUACACCUACCAGCCUGACAAGGGAAGAGACGAAGAUCCGGUCAUCGUUAAUCAUCUUUCAGAUAUCUUCGGAAGAGAGGGGUGUAAGCCGGAACUUUGGGAACACCAUAUCAAGGGUGAAAUCGACGCCGCAACCUAUAGUAGACUCUUAAUUGCCUUAGGCAUAUCCGAAGCCCAAUUUCGGAGCACCGCGGGAACGGGCAGAUACCCACGAGUGCGUCUCCGGAAACGUAUCGUUUGUCUUGAUGGACGACAAAGAAUUGCUGCAGCUCGGGGCAAGUUCGGGAAGAGAUUCUGGUGGCCUGUGAAGCUUUACCGCGAUGCCCGUGUACCGAGGUUUUCGCAUCAGACCAAAUACCCAGAUGGGGAGAUCUGUUGGCACCUUUUCCGUCUUGCGCUUGGCAAACCAGACUUGGGUGGGGAUUGGAGAUCAGAACUGUCGAGAAGCAAGAAGAAAAUUCUUAACCUUCUGCUCCGACGAGAAAAUGGAAUAUUCAAACAUAGAGAUAUCGUAAUAGCUCUCUGCGCCGUCCUCGAAUUCCCUGGCACCAGAAGAGGAUUUAAGCUUGGUACGAUGCAUAAAUAUACUCCCCUGCGGUGCUCGGAAAAUGCUGUUCGAUACCUCCAGCGGAUGUUAAGUAUCUACUGGGGGGUCAUAGGAGGCGAUGCGUCCAUAGUGCCACAUAUGGACUCCAAAACAAUUAGCUGUCUUCAACGCCGCAACCCUUCAAAUAACGCUGAUGGAAAGUACAUCAGACUCAUGAUGGAUACAGGCGAAAUGUUUUCAGGUGUGAAAAGUAUCACUAUUCGACGAAGUAUCACACGAAAUUUACUAUCUCUUGACGUUAUAUUUCCGAGCCUUGAGACAUUCCACCAGAACAUGAUAUACUUCUCUAUCGGAGUCAAGAUACUGAGAAACCAUAUCAUGGACGACACUGAGAAAUUACAUGAUAGAAAUCCAAAGGACGGGGACGACCCUUUUUUUAAAUCUCUGGGAAGUUUCUGGACUUCUCCGAAAAGACCGCUUCUUGAGGUUUCUGAAGGCAGGUUUCAACCAUUGGUGUCAUUGGAUGAUGGAUUAGCCCGUAUGCUACUAUUUCUUGAUGGGUUGAGAGACUGUAUUCACUUAUCGAAUGAGCCUAUUCUCCAAGACAGGCGCGGCGAGCCUGUCCCGCCGGCUGCUGUGGAUCCUUGGUACGUUUUUCGGCUUCGAGCCCGAGCAAGACAGUAUGGCUUUUGCACCGCUAAGGUUAGCAAUGGGCUAAGAAUAAAGCCCCAGUCACCGCGUCAAUUGCAUUGGGAUCUCAAUUGGGACAGACGGGCAAAAGAUUGGCGAGGCGGGAAGCCGACCGCUCGUAACUUUCUCGAACUACAGCAUGACGCCUUCUUACCCAUGCUCGAACAAGCCAAUAGUAGAGAGAAAGUUACGGCAGCCUUUGUACAAAAAGACUUUUUGGAGGCCUUCUUCGGCCCAUGGUCGUACAUGACGGAUGGGUCGGAAGUGGGGAGCGAUCUGACCCCUUUCGACGGAGACGAAAUAAUGGAGAUUGAUGAUGCAGGCCCAAGUAUGUCACCCGACACCGUAAUGCAGAUUGAUGACACCCAAUCUCCUUUACAACAACAAAGCCAACACCCCCAGGGAGCAUUCUCGAUGCAAGAAUCUCUCCCCCAAACAAUGGAGAUAAGCGAUUCUUCAGAUUCAUCCAAGAUGCGGACGCCAAUGUUUGAUCCCACAUCGCAGGUGGAUGAACAAUGGUUGAUUCAUGCUGAAUCAACGGGGGAAAUAGUUGUAGGCGACGAGAUUAAUAAAAAUGGUCGUAAUAAACUUCUUAGGCAGCGGGAUAGCAAGCCGCCUCGCAAGAUACCCUACCUCAGGAGGCCAUCUGUUGCUAGUUCGCUACGAACUCCAGCCCGACCUCCGAUUCAUACCACUUUACCAUCCGCUGGUGAAAGGCUUACAGAAACCUCAUCAGCAUACGAAGUCUCUGAUAGCCAGCUGCGAGAGCUACGACUCAGUCAAUCAAGAUGUACCAUAGAGCAGUCUAUACUACGUGAACAAGUCCAGGAUGAGGACAAUGCCCCUAAUGACCACCAGAGAUUACCCAGAAGAAGAAAUGGUCCACGUAAAACACGAAGCGCCUCGCCCCCAUUUCGAAAUACUGUACCUCGAAGCCGCCGAGAAAGCUUAGCCGUAGGCCCAUCGCGGUCUCCGAUCCAACCUCCGGGCUCUUUAAUCACCAGAGCUGAACAGCCAAACGAAGCUGACUUGAGAAGAUCCAUAAUUCCCCUCCCACAGAGUCCUACACAAGCCCAGAUCCAUUCGAUACCAGUAAGUAUAAGCACGUUAAUGGACGAACCUCCGCUUGUUCAGAGAAAGGAGCUGGUUCCCAUUCAAACAGGAGACGCAACGCAACAAAGGGCAGAAAAUUCUCUUCAAAAUCAAGAUAAUAGCAGUCGAGUAAUCAUCGCCCCCAGCCCUACUCCCUUACAGCUGUCACAGAAUACGAAGAAGGUAGCAGCCAAACCUAGAAAGACAGCCAAGGAGACAGCUCCUCGAGAUUCUCUCAUUCGCAGGUCUACGGGUAAUAUGACAGCCAGCCGGUAUUCAUAUAGAGUCAAUUCACCUUCCCAAGCUCGAAAAAGGAGGAAGCGAUCCCCGAUCCGGCCUCCUAUGGCUACUAAAAAAGGCUUACUUAGGCGAUUGUCAACAUACCUACCGAGCCAUAUGCGGGCACCCCAGUCCAUGUCAAAGCUAGGCGAGUCUAUAGAUGAGACUCCCGUUUCUGAGAAGGAAGGAAGGCGUGACGAGGCAGCGGAAACCCAGCCAACAACAGAAAAUAUACCUCAGGAGGAUACUAGCCAUGGCAGUCAUCGCUUGUCACCCGGAGUGUCAGAUAUUGGCGCAUUGCGCUCCCCGAUCACUCCACCACAUCUCAUUAUCCGGGCCCGUGGUUCUCUGCGAGAAAAAACAAUUAACGAGACGUCAAGGAGAUCUCAGGUCCCCUCUCCAGAGAACAACACACCACGACGAAGUCAGAGGCUCCUCCUGCGCAAUCAAGAACCACAGACACCACGGCGCAGUGAGAGGAUUCGUCUGCGCAGUCAAGACCCUUCCAGCCAACCUCCUGCAUCAAUUUCCACCUCAAAAUCCGGACAAAAGUUAACAAAGAACAAAAUGACGAUAAAGGAAAAGCCCCAAAAAAAACUCAAGAAGAGCUCCAACAUAAUAAUAGAAGAUAAAAUGGCUCAGACCCAGGCCCACCACCAACCACUCAGGCCCAAAUCACCAGAACCCACAGCAAUACCAGCAAUCAUGUCAGACAAUUUUCAUGGAACCUCCACCUUAAUCACUUCUGAGAGCUUGAUACAUCACGAUGAAGAGGAUCCGAAUACUUCAGGGGUCGGCCAAGUGAUUGGUAGACCCCUUACCAUUCAACACCCACUCAUGGAGUCACCAGAAAUGUUGCAUCCACGUACCUCACCAAGCGGAGUCUCCUUAAUUGUAGAGGAUAGAAAGGGUAAGAGGAAGGCAGUCGAAGACCCUCCCAUGGCGAACCUCGAGCAUUCACAACCUCAGACGAAACGUAUUCUCAGCCGCCGUCCGACUCCAAAAAAUGGUGCUAGUUCUGCUAUGAUAUCUAAGGACAAGGCGCCACCCAACGCGCGACAUACCCAGCCACAGCCAAGACGAUCUCCGAUUCAACCUCCCAAGACGUCCACGUUUAGGGUACCAAGUAUAUCCUCUUCCGAGAGCUCCAUGGAGAAAGAAUCAGAACGACCGCUAAUUCAACCUCCUAAGACCUCCACAUUUAGAGUACCAAAUAUAUCCUCUUCCAAGAGUUCCACGGAGAAAGAAUCAGGACGACCGCCAAUUCAACCUCCUAAGACCUCCACGUUUAGGGUACCAAGUAUAUCCUCUUCCGAGAGCUCCAUGGAGACAAAGUCAGGACGACCGCCAAUUCACCCACCUAAUUUUCUUGAUGUCUCUCCACCUGCUGGCAGUUCCGAACAAACUAGUACUCCACGAUCGAACAUCCCUGAACAUCCUCAGAAAGUUUACGUCAAUAGAAGAUCGGUAGAAGCUGAGACUUUCGCGCAAACCAGACUAGCAUACCCCGAGGGAGACUUGUAUGACGACAACAGUGUUGAGGAAGAACUCUAGCUCUCUUGGUGGAUGGGUAACAUAAGGCUUAAAAUAGAUGAAGGCGUUUCGUCGUAGAGUUGUCAAUAAUACGAAAUCCGCUAACCCGCCAGUUCAAUUGAGAUAUUGGACAUAUAUACAGUACAGGGGUCACAGUAUUUCCAGCAAUUCGUACUAUGCUCCUGUCACAGGGCAAUUAGGUAAUCCAUCCCUAUAGGGAUUAGCCCUUGAUUACCUCAGCUAAGCGU